CAGUAGCAAAAACAAAACAUUAUUGUAUCAAUAAUUAUACAUAAACAUAUGUAAAACAUGAAGGUGGCUGUAAAGCAAAUUUAUACAUCAGUAGCAUGUAAUCGUGUUCCAGAAAUUGCUGACUGGAACAGAGAUGGUUUUAUAUGCUAUGGUGCUUCAAAUGCAGUAGUUAUUUACGACACGAAUGUAAAGGGUCAAGACCCACUUCAAGUUUUAAGUCACCACUGCUCAAAAGUAAAUUCAGUUAAAUGGCUGCAGAAAUCAGAUAGUUGUACAGAACUAUUAUCAUGUUCUGCAGACAAAACAGCUGCUAUUUGGACGCUUCAUAAUGGAACUUGGAAGGUCACCAGCCAGUUAACAGGUCAUAAAGAUGGUGUCACUUGUAUCAAUGGAGUGUAUCUUGAUGGUGAUGAUUUAAUGGUUUACACGGGAUCUAUUGAUUCGACAGUGAGAGUCUGGGAACGUAAAAAUGGGACAACAGUACAUAAACAAACAAUCAAUCUUCAUUCUGGGCUCUGUCUCACACUUCAUGCACAUAUUUUACCUACUACUAAUAAACCAAUCCUAUUCUGUGCUCUUGACGACCACAAAAUACACAUAUUCAGUGAAGAAGAUGAAUAUCAUAGAGUUCACAUGCUAGUAGGUCAUGAAGAUUGGGUUAGAGGAUUAGAUGUUGUUGGAGUUGAUGAAAAUACUAUAAUGCUUGCAUCAGCCUCACAAGACACUUAUAUCCGCCUCUGGCGCAUUCAAUCACAUGAAGAUAAGACCGUGAAAGGAAUUAAAGUGGAAGAAAAAGUGUUUCAAGCAUAUGGGAUAAAAUGGUCAGUUAAACUAGAUGCUGUUCUGGCAGGUCAUGAAGGCUGGGUAUAUGGAGUACAGUGGCAGAAGGUUCUGGAUAAAGCAAACGAUCAGCCGAUCUAUCGACUUCUUUCCUCAUCCCUUGACAAAACCAUUAUCAUAUGGCAACCAGAGAGCUAUGGUGGUGUAUGGGUUGAGAGCGUUAGAGUGGGAGAAGUCGGAGGAAAUGGUCUAGGGUUUUAUGGAAGUCGAUUUGGACAAGAUACAUUCAUGGGCCACGGGUACAAUGGAUCAUUACACAUCUGGAAACUAGAUAAGGAAACAAAUCAGUGGCAGCCGAGCGUAGUUGUUGGAGGUCACUUUAGCGGAGUAGAGGACAUUAGAUGGGAGGGUCAGGGGCGCUAUCUCCUUAGUGUUUCUUUGGACCAGACGACGAGGCUGCACGCGCCUUGGAAUAGACCUGACGGAGGCGGCGCGGAGUGGCACGAGCUGUGCCGCGCGCAGGUGCACGGGUACGACAUGUGCGCGGCGGCGUCGCUGUCGGCCGCGCGCUUCGUGUCGGCCGCCGACGAGAAGGUGCUGCGCGUGUUCCGCGCGCCGCACAACUUCCUCCACAACUUCAGGAACAUCGUGGGAGAGGCGCUCGUCGGGGAAGACGACGAAGGACCUGAAGGAGCUUCGGUCCCUUCCCUGGGUUUGUCCAACAAGGCUGUGUUCAGUGGAGAGGAGCACACGAACGGAGAUGAUAACGAUGGAUACUUCGUGCCAAUUGAAUUGAACGAGCCGCCGACGGAGGAGACGCUGAUGCAGAACACGCUGUGGCCGGAGACGCACAAGCUGUACGGGCACGGCUACGAGGUGCGCUGCGCCGACGCCAGCGCCGACGGCGCGCUGCUCGCGUCCGCCGCGCGCGCCGCGCUCGCCGCGCACGCCGCCGUGCUGCUCUGGGACACGUCGAACUGGCAACAGAUACAGAAGUUGGUCUCUCACAACCUCACGGUGACUCAGCUGGCUUUCUCUCCGGACAGCCGACGUCUCCUGUCGGUGUCCCGCGACCGAAGAUGGACCGUAUUCCAGAGGAUACGAGAUUCGAACCUGUUCGAGAUAGCCGCCAGCACGGACAGAACGAACGGUAUCCACACGAGGAUCAUCUGGUGCUGCGCGUGGGCGUGGGAUGGGUCGAUGUUCGGGACGGGCUCCAGGGAUGGAAAACUUUGUAUCUGGUCAAAGACAGACACAACAAGCGAUUCUACACUUAAGGAUUAUUCUUUAGUGGGAAAGCCACUAGAACUACCCAACACGUCAAUAACGGCGCUAACGUUCGCUCCACUACAACGGGAGAGUCAGAUACUAGCCGUCGGCUUUGAGUCCGGCGUCAUCCGGAUAUACAACUUCGACAGCACUUGGAGCUUGCUACACGAACUAGAUAACAGUGCGGCGCAUCAUUUAACUGUAAAGAGAUUAUUCUUCAGGCCUCCUCGAAAGGACUCGAACAAGGAACUGUAUCUGGCAAGCUGCGGCAGUGACCAUUUUGUUAGAAUAAAUAACAUAAUUCUAUCUUAAAAAUAUAUUUUGU